GCGAUAAUGGCAAAGCAGAGGUUUGACCAAGUAAGCUGUGUUUCGACAAAUAAUUUUAGUUGUUUAAGUGUUAACACAAACGUCUUCUAGACGAUCCCCAAGAGUUGAAGGAGUUAGACAUCAGGACGCGUACAAUACUAUUUGGUGCCGCCCCCAUCAGAAGUAAAAGGUUGAUCCAAUGAGUUCCAGUACGCCAUCAUCUAGCGCUGGAGGUGUUGGAUCCGCUGAUUCUGCUGCUCCUAGAAGAAAUUCCAAGCGACCCAAAUACUCUAAGUUCACUCAGCAAGAGCUUCCAGCUUGCAAGCCAAUCCUCACGCCACGAUGGGUCAUAUCAGCCUUUAUGCUUGUUAGCAUUGUCUUCAUUCCUAUUGGAGUGGUCUCUCUGUUUGCUUCUCGAGAUGUCGUCGAAAUCAUUGAUCGGUAUGAAACUGCAUGUGUACCGGACGGCUACAAAAAUGAUAAGGUCACAUUCAUACAAAGUAAUUUGACCAAACAAUGCAACAGAACAUUGACAGUUAAGAAGCGAAUGAAGAAGCCUAUCUAUGUCUACUACCAACUGGACAAUUUCUACCAGAAUCAUCGGAGGUAUGUGAAGAGCCGAAGUGACUCACAGUUGAAAGAAAAUAGCAGUUGGGAUGAUGUUAGUUCUUGUAAGCCUGAAGAUACGUCUAAUGGCCAGCCAAUUGUUCCCUGUGGUCUUAUAGCUUGGAGUUUAUUUAAUGAUACCUAUAAUUUCUCCCUCAACGAUCAGCAAUUGGCGGUGAACAAGAAGGGCAUCUCCUGGAAAAGUGAUAGGGACAGUAAAUUCGGGAAAGAUGUAUUUCCCAAAAAUUUUCAGAAUGGAACUCUUAAAGGUGGUGCAACGCUUAAUCCAUCUAUCCCGUUAAGUGAGCAAGAAGACCUCAUUGUUUGGAUGCGAACUGCUGCGCUGCCAACAUUUAGAAAAUUAUAUGGGAAGAUUGAACAGGAUCUCCAACCAAAUGAUCAAAUACAUGUGACAUUGGAUAACAACUACAAUACUUACAGUUUCAAUGGCAAGAAAAAACUAGUGCUUUCAACUACUAGCUGGCUUGGUGGAAAAAAUGACUUCCUUGGCAUUGCUUAUCUCACUGUUGGCGGGCUGUGCUUCUUUUUGGCUUUGUCUUUCACUGUUGUCUACCUUGUCAAGCCAAGGCGACUAGGAGACCCAUCGUAUUUGUCAUGGAACAGAAAUCCAGGAGGACAUUAAGCAAUUCAAGAAGAACCUGGAACCUCUUAUCACCAAUGGUUACAGUUGGGUUGAUGGGUUGAUGUAUUAAAAUGGCCUAUAUAUAUAUAUAUAAUAUAGUUUGUGUUUGCCUGAUACAUUUGUGUAUUUUAAACCCUAGGAACAAUGACAGAUUUUUAUGUAAAAUUUCAGCAACCCCCCGGCACAAAGAUAUUCAAUCUUGCAACUAUUAAGUUUCAUGUUUGGUUCAUUUUUUAAAUGCGAAGGGAAAGUAAGGCAUAUUCACUAAA